CCCAAACACCCCGUAAGAUUUAUUUAAAAAAAACCAUAGUGCACCUCUCCUCUCCGUAUUAGUAGGGAUCAAACUUCCCUAUUGCAUUUGAGCUUCUCAGAUUCUAAAAUCUCUCCUUUUCUGUCUCCCACUUCCAAUAUCUCAGGAUCCAUCAAAACAAAUUUGUGUUUUCUAAAACACACUCACAUACACACUUUGUUUCAUGGCAAAGGAAGCUUCAGAUGCCAGAUACGAAGAGGAAGUUAUUACAAAUUCAAGGGGAUUGAAGCUUUCUACGUAUCGAUGGAUGCCGGUUGAUAGUGAACCGCAAGCUUUAGUGUUUCUUAACCAUGGGUAUGCCAUGGAAUGUAGUGUCUCCAUGAAAGGAGCUGCAAUGAGGCUUGUGAAAGCAGGAUUUGGAGUGUACGGAAUAGAUAAUGAAGGCCAUGGAAAAUCUGAUGGAAUUCAGGGUUAUAUUCCUUGUUUUGAUGAUCUUGUUGAUGAUUGUUCUCAGUUUUUCACGAGCGUUUGUGAAAGGAAAGAGAACAAGAAUAAGUUGAGGAUAUUGCUUGGAGAAUCCAUGGGAGGAGCAAUGGUUCUCAGAUUACAUAGGAAGAAGUCGGAAUUCUGGGAUGGUGGUGUUUUGGUUGCACCCAUGUGUAAGCUUGCUGACAAUAUGAAACCACCACAAAUUGUGUUCAGUGUUUUAUUACAACUUACUAGGUUCAUACCAACUUGGAGAGUUGUUCCUGGUGAAGAUAUCAUUGACCUAGCCUUUAGAGAUCCUAAAAUUAGAGAGGAAAUUCGCAAGAACCCAUUAUGCUACAAAGGCCGUGUGCGCCUACAAACUGCUUUGGAAUUGUUUAAUGUCGCCGUAGACCUUGAAAAGAGGCUAAAAGAAGUAACAUUACCGUUCUUAAUUGCACAUGGCGAGGAUGACAAAGUGACCGAUCCCUUGACGAGCAAACUGUUAUACGAAACUGCUUCUAGUACUGACAAGACCUUAAAGAUGUAUCCAGGAAUGUGGCAUGCGCUCACUUACGGAGAGUUUACUGAAAACACCGAUAAUGUUUUUGCUGAUAUUAUUAGCUGGAUAAAUGAAAGAAUCGCGAGAGGAAACUCAAGACUAGAGAGGGAACAAAAGAACGUAAAUGACGAGCUUCAUAAAAAGUAAAACAAGCGAUUACUAGGGUUUUUACUAAUGUAAAAAUGCAUAGCAAGCACUUCCUUUUUCUUGUGUUUCUUUACAUAAAAAUCAUAAUUCCUUUUCUUUGAGGUUUGUAAACGUAUGCACGUAAACUGUUUCAAACAUAUAUUUAGAU